CGUUGGUUACAUGACGCCGUAUUGUUGAUAGGUUAGGUUAGUAUGUUUUUUAAUGUUUUUUUUUCUAGAAAAAAAAACUGUAAUUUAGUCGUACAUAGAAAAGAAUGAUUAUUUAUAAUACUUUUAUUAUAAAUAACUAAAUAACUUUAUAAAAGAUAUAAAGCCAUGGAUGAGGUAGAAAUUGGUUUUGUUGAAGAAUGUGAUUCCUGGAGGUUAUCAAGCCGGUUUUUUGUGAGUAAAGUGGGUGGAAAGCCGGCAUGGUUAGAUUUGAAAAAGAUACCAACAGCAAAAGAUGUUGAAUGCAGAAAUUGUGGGAAUCCUUGUGUAUUUUUAUGCCAAAUUUAUGCAGCACUUGAUCAGCCUAAUGCCUUUCAUCGACAAAUUUUUAUAUUCAUUUGUCGAGAUUUUAAUUGUUGUGAAUUGAAUAGUAACAAAAAUGUACGAGUAUUAAGGUCACAAUUGCCAAGAGAAAAUGAUUAUUAUCCAUUUGAUCCACCAAUUGAAGAAAAAAGUUGGAGACCAGAUAUAGAUGCCUCUAGUUAUGGUCCCAUGUGUCGAGUAUGUUUCUUAAGAGCACCUCAUCGAUGUGCUAAAUGUAAGAAUGUCAAUUAUUGCUCAAAACAUCAUCAAGUACUUGACUGGAAAGCAGGCCACAAGAAAGAGUGUUCCGAAGAUGCAGGGCAAAUAUCAUCUACUCCAGGUCUAUUAUUUUUGGAAUAUAAAAUAGCAAUUGAGAGUGAAAAUUAUGAAGGUAGUGAAGAUGAAGAAGAAGAGAAUGAUUUUGAAAAGGAGAAAAGAGAGAUUGAAAAAUUUAAAAUGAUGGUAAAAAAUGGACAAGCUGGAACACUUGCUGAUGCUGAUGAAGCUGAUUUGAUGAAAAUGACAGUUGCAAAUGAGGAUGAAACCUUUUUAAAAUUUCAAGAAACUGUUAAAAAGCAUCCAGAUCAGAUAUUAAGAUACCAACGAGGAGGCAAACCUCUCUGGAUAUCUGCCGAAAAUCAACUGAAAGACAUUCCCAAGUGUGAAAACUGCAACCAAGCCCGUGAAUUUGAAUUCCAAGUAAUGCCUCAGCUUCUAAAUUACCUAAACUUCAAUGAUGUUUUAAAAAGUCUUGAUUGGGGAGUUCUAACAAUUUUUACUUGCAAGAAUUCAUGUGAUAUCGAAUCUGGUUUUCAAGAGGAAUUUAUUUGGAAACAAGACAUUGUGUCGUAAAAAAAAUAUAAAAUUAAUAUCUUCUUAUUCCAACGAUAUUUUACAUCAAGAGAUAUCUUUUUAACGAGGACACAAAGCAUGUCGUCCACCAUCAACAGGGAGUGUUGCUCCAGUGAUAAACGAAGCAUCAUCACUAGCUAGAAAAGCAAUAGUUUUUGCCACUUCGUCAACAUUCCCUGGUCGACCAAGAGCAUGAGUUGUUUUACUGCGUUCGAAGAAAUUUUUUAGCUCUUCUGGACUCAUGCCACUUCUCUCGUGGAGAUUAGUUAUCACUACACCAGGAUUCACUGCAUUUACACGAACCUGAACAAUAAUAGAUAUUUUAUAAUCUAACACAGUAAAAUAAUUAUUAAUAACACCAUUUUCAAUGAAUUCCAUGUAUUCUUCAACAAA